AAAAAAAAAAAAAUGGAUUAUAUUAGAGAGCGCCACGUGUGAAUUAUUGAAAACACGUCAGCAUUCUCUUAAGAUAUAUAAAAAUAAUAUUAUUUAAAUCCAACUGGUUUUCACUGACUAUCUUCUUUUUUUAAAUCAAUUAAAAUAUUAUAAGGAUCACUAUAUAUAGAAAAGAAACUGGAUUUGUAAUAAGACCAUGGAAAAUUUUUUAACCUUACUUUACAUUAUCAAAGAGGAAUAACAGUGUAAUGUAAAACAUGAUGUCCAAUGGUAUUCAAGCUCCUGCAAAGGAAUCUGAAGAUGGUUCUACGUUGAGCAACAUAAGCAACCUUUCGUCUACAUCGUUAACAUUAAAUUCACCAUUAAUGAAGUUAUCUUCAUAUUUUUUGGCUCUUAGACCAUGGUCUCUAAGUGCUUCAUUGGUGCCAACGUUACUUGGAUCUGCGCUUGCAUACCGUUUAAUAGGUUUAACAAAUUUUAGUUGGAUAUCAUUAAUUUUAACAUUAUGUACAGUCAUAUCUGUACACGGAGCUGGUAAUGUAGUAAAUACUUAUUUUGACUAUAUAAAAGGUGUGGAUAGUCGAAAAAGUGACGAUAGAAUACUAGUAGAUCAUCUUUUGUCUAAAGAUGAAUUAGUUUCGUUGGGAGCGCUGUUAUAUGCAAUCGGAUGUAUAGGUUUCGUUCUAUUAACAACGAUAUCUCCUGCAAAAAUGGAACACCUUGCUUUAGUAUACUUUGGAGGCUUAUCUUCAUCAUUUCUUUAUACAGGUGGCAUAGGUUUAAAAUAUAUUGCAUUAGGCGAUGUACUUAUAAUAGUAAUAUUUGGACCUAUAUCAGUUUUAUUUGCAUUCAUGGCUCAAACAGGCUAUAUCGAAUUAGGUACCAUAUAUUAUGCAAUACCACUUGCAUUAAAUACAGAAGCUAUACUACAUAGUAAUAAUACACGUGAUUUAGAAAGUGACAAAAAAGCAGGAAUUGUAACGUUAGCUAUUUUAAUAGGAUACACUGCUUCACACGUUUUAUACGCAUUUUUAUUAUUUACUCCUUACAUAACUCUAGUAGUACUUGCAUUAAGAUACUCCAUUUGGUUCCUAUUGCCAGUUAUUACUUUACCAACUGCAUUCAAAAUAGAAAAACAAUUUCGAAGUCCUCAUAUGAUUCAAAAUGUGCCUAAACAAACAGCUCGGUUAAACAUAUUUCUUGGAAUUUUAUACGUUCUUGCUUGCUUGCUUGUAAAUCCUCUUCCUUAUGUAUAAUAUAUUAUUGUAUAUAAAUGACAUAGCAAUAUUUCUUAUGGAGGUCGAAAUUUUCAACUAAAAUAAGCAAAUAUGUACAUAAACCAACAACCGUAUUAAUAAUAAUAGCAUAUGUGCUAUUAUUAUUAAUGGUUUGUCGGUCGGCACUUUCUUCAUUUUUUCCUUUUAUGAUUUCACAAUAAUUCAUCAAUCAUAUUAAGUAAAAAUGAGAAUAUCAUAAAACAGUAAUUAUUUUAGUAAAUUAUACAUAUGUAACUUAUUAUAAUGUCAUGAACGUUAAUAGGAAAGAGUUAUUUAUAAAGGAAGUUAUAUAUAUAUAUUUAU